UGCGACGGACCGAGUGUGCAUGCACCACCUUGUGCCGGAGGACUGCAUAUCCCCCGCAACAGCUGCAAGCAUCUGCCCACAGCAACAGGAGGAAGUGUAGGAGAUGAGCAACUUCUGCUGACUUACCAGGGACCCCAAUAUUCUUGUCUUGUCCGGAGAAAAAUUUAUUCCGUGGUUUGCUUUCGGAGACCACCACAAACAUCUAUCUGGCUUUGGAGGCGGCAGCGAGAGGCACAGAGUCAGAAGGGGAGAGCUAACCUGGACUUCCUGGUGGAACGGAGUUUUCUCGUUGUCUGACUCCUUGCCAGAUCCUUGAGGCAUCAUGCAGGUCCUGAAGCUCAAGAGGUUCCUGAAAAACAUCGCUGGAAGGAAGGCAAGUGGUGGUGGCGGUAGCAGCAGCGUGCUCGACCGAGACUUCCGCCACAUAAUCAAGCAGAUACCUCUUGACAACAAGCGCGACCUCAUCCUUCAGUACGGGGAUGAAGCCUCAAAGCGACGGGCGCAAGCCAUUGGAGGGGACGGGAAGGCGGUGGAAGGCGGGAUGAAGGUCCGGAGCCCACAGGAGUUCGCCGAGGAGGUGGCAAUCUGGGCGGAGGACUUCCCCCCGCUGGCCGCGGUUCUCUCCUUGAAGGAGGCCCUGGACAGGGCCAGCGGCCGCUGGAUCGAUGACUUCAGAGACGCCGACGGGGUCUCCCAUUUGUGCGAGGUGAUGGAAGUGCUCGCUGAGAGCAGGGAGAUGCACCUAGAGGAAGGCGACAGCAUCAACCCGCAACAGGUGCCCCCGGAAGAGGUGAAAUUGGAGGAGGGGGUGGUGCAGUGCCUGAUGGUGCUCUUCAACAAGGAGACGGGGCUGUCCAACCUGGAAGGGAGCUCUACCCUUUGGCCCGUCAUUGUGCGGAGCGCCCUGGACUCGACCAGCGAGAGGGUCCGAUCGAGCCUUCUCAAGGUGCUCACGGUCAUGACGGAAACCGGCCAGGACGGUCUAAAGGUCGUGCUCAACGCCCUGGACGUGGCAAAGGCGCGGAAGAACCAAGAUCUAAGGUUCUCCUUGCUCCCGGGAAUCAUUGUUGGCGGCAACGACGGGGAGGAGGACCUGCGGCUGGCCCUGGCGGUGGCGGUGUUCCUCAACACCGUCCUGUCCCGGGCCUUCAAGUUCGAGGAACGGGUGCUGCUGCGCGGGGAGAUGGUGGCCGGCGGCGUGGUGGCGGCCAUCGCGGGGGCGAGGGAGCGCUGGGGGGAAGAUGACGACGACGUUGACGACGACAACGAUAGCGUCGUUAGCGGCGCUGAGGACGGGGGUAAGGUCCACCACCUGCGGGACGCGACGGCGCUCUUCUUCGAGAACGAUUCUUCUGAUGAGGACAGCAGCGGCGGCGGUAGCGGCGGAACGGAUUUCGGCGGCAACAGAGGCAGCGUUUCGAAGAAGCGGGUGUUCGUUCCCAGCAGCAGCAGCAGCAGCAGCAGCAACAGCGGCGGCGGCGGCGGCCCGGCUGGGGCGGGAGUGUUCGUUUCCAACGCGGGGGGAGUGUGUGUUGUUCCCCCCAAGAGCCCGGCGGCGGGGAGCAGCAUGAGCAGCCUCGCGUCCGUGACGGCCAGGUCGAGCUUCUCAUCCACCGGGUCGCCGGUGCCGCGGACCGUGGCGCAGCUGUCGGCCGCUGUGACCGACGCGCGGCUGCUGGAGCUCAGGAGGGACCUCAUAGCUCAGCUGGACCUAUUCGACCGAGUGGCCGACGAGGACCUGAGGGAUGCCGAGGAAAACGGCGGCACCGCUGCAGGCAAGGGAGCCGGCGACGAUGACGACGACGACGGCGAAGACGGGGUGGGGUCUGCGGGUAGGGGGAGGAACCAAGCGGCGGGUGGGGCAGCCACGGAGAUCAGUGAGCCAAGGGCGGUGAAGGCCAUGAGGGCCCUCGCGAUGGCCGUGGAGGGCGACGAGGCCGUCAGCGUGGAGCUGGAGCUGCUGGCGGACAAGCUGAGGGUCAUGGGCGGCGGCGGGUCCGGGGGCGUCACGGGCUGCUGCGGCCCGGCGCUGUGGCGCCGCGUAAGGGACGCUGCCACCGAAGCCGUGGAGGAAUGCUCGAAGGGUGCCGGCGAUGGCGGUUCCCCCGAAGGCCACGAGAUCGGCGACAAGACGACAGCGGCAACACCUACAUCAAUGGCGCCGGUGGCCGCUAUCCCGGGGGCCACCGCAAGCCCUCCCCCGCCCCCGCCACCUCUUCCCCCGGGGACGCAAGCUGCCGGCGCCGCCGCCGCUUCGCCCCUUGCGGUAGCCACUCUGCCCAACGCUCCGGCGGGGAGCGGAAGCUCGCCCCCCCUGCCGCCGCCGCCGCCGCCACCGCCGCUGCCCGGCAUGGUCACGAAAGGAGGCGGCCUGCCGCCGCCGCCGCCGCCGCCGCCUUUGCCUGGCAUGGUGGCCAAAGGAGGUGGCCUGCCUCCGCUGCCGCUACCCGCGGCGGGGGUUAAGCCGACAAAGUCGCGACCGGCUGGCCCCGCGCGCCGGGGGCUUCACUGGAACAAGAUGAGGACGGCGAUAACGGGGACCAUUUUCGAGGAGAUCGAGUCGGAGGCGGCGGUGGACAUCCCGAAAGAGUUCAUCCUCGAGGGUUUCCAGGAGAAGCCCAAGGGGCCAAAGAAGGUUGGGAACGUGGGGGGUGACGCGCAAGGCACUGCCCCCGCCGGGGGCGGGGGGGGGCAGCAAGAGAAGAAGAAGCGAGAGCCGCUCCUGGACGCGAAAGCUGCUCUCCAGUACGGGAUUGUGUUCAGCACUGUCAGCGUGUCUCCAGAAACAGUCCGCAACGCGGUGAUGUCGAUGGACCUGUCCUUCCUCGACCCGGACACGCUGGAGAAGCUGGAAAAGCUUCUGCCGUCGCCAGCGGAGCAGAAGAUCCUCACGUCCUUCAAGGGUGACAUCGUCUCGGAGCUCGCCGAGGUGGAGCAGUUUUUGGUGCUGGCGACCGGGAUCCCCGAUUACGAGAUCCGCCUGCGCUGCGCGGGAUACAUACAAGCCUUCGAGCCGGAAAGGGCAUCCGCGCUGGAAAAGAUCACCAUCGUCAGCGACGCCAUUUCCCAGGUGACGAACUCGGCCAAGCUGAAGCGGCUCCUAGCCGUGGUCCUGGCGGUGGGGAACUUCUUGAACGAGGGCUCCAGCAACGGGGACGCCAAGGCGAUCACUCUAGAGUCGCUCCUCAAGAUCACCACAGUCAGGCGCACGACGAAGAGACCUUUCGCCGGGGGGGGAGACGACAACCUGGCGCACAGCAUCAUGGAGUGGGCCGCGAAGUCGGAGCCCUCCCUUCUGUCGCUAGGGGAAGACCUGCCCUUGGCUGCGAAGGCGUCUAGGCUGUCCUUGGACGACCUCAAGACGAAUGUUCUCGCCGUCGCAAAGAAGCUGGGCGUGUUGGAGGCCACGCUGGAGGAGGCUAAGAAAAAUACUCAAGGGCGGAAGGACGGGGAUAAAUUCGUCGAGAUCGUCGAGCCGUUUCUCGCUCGCUCCAAGGGCCCUAUGGAAAACCUGCGAUCGGAGCAGACGCGAGUGGAGAAGGCGUACUCGUCGAUGGCCACCAAGUUCGGGAAGGACGCGAAGACGACUCCGAGCGAAGAGUUCUUCAAGAUCGUUAGGAGCGUGGUGGUGAUGGUGGAAACUGCUACCCGCGACAACCAAGGGAGGGCGGAGGCCGAGAAGGCGCGAAUCAGGAGGGAGAAUAGAAACAUCAAGAGGAAGAAAGACAGGGAGAUGGCCAGGGCAACGAGGCAGCAGAGCGAGGCCGACCUCCAGGCGCUUCUCAAGGGUGGGGCCGGCAAGCUGCGAGGGAUGAUCACUGGGACGGUCAACGUGGAAUACGACCGCAUCAUGGAGGAGAGAGCCAAAGAGGGCGACGCUUUCAAAGAACUCAACGAAACCACAGACGAAAGUGUCAGGGACCAAAUCCGGGGCAAGCUGCACUACCAACGUUCCACCAACAUCUUUGGCAGCACCGGCGGCGGCGGUGGCGGCGGCAACCGCUCGCAUCGCUCCUUCGGCCCCUUGUCCUCCUCGCCCUCCCCCAAGAACAGCGGCGGCGGCGGCGGCGGGGGUGACGGGAACGGCCAACGCGGCCAGCCCUCGUCCUUUUUCUCUGGCUCCGACCACCCCGACCACAAGAAGAAGCAGAAGAAGUCGACGAGAUUUCUGUUGCCGACGUCGGAGGCCGCGGAGGGGCCGGCGAUUGCGGCGGCGGCGGGCACGGCCGGGGUAGGCGGCACGAGCAACCAGGAGCAGCGGCGGUUGAGGCGGGAGGCGUCCCUGGUGAAGCACGCGUCCGUCGUGCGGCAGAAUACCGCGCUCGUGCAGGCGCGCUCGUUCUCGAGGGUGCCGAGAGAGGGGGAUCCCGCGGUGGGGGACGGGGGAGCGGACGGGUUUCGUGCCGGUGGUGCGUCGACAAGGCAGCGACCGGUGGUCGCUGGAGGGGUGGGCAGCGGAUCGAGCUCGAAAUUCCGGCCGUCACCGCCUUCUCCGGCAAGAGGCGGGAACAGCACCAAGACCGCGCCGCCGUCCGGUGGGAUGUUUCGAACUCGCGCCCGCGGCAGCAGGCUUCAGAUGCCGCUGGAGGAACACGACGACGAGGACGGCGGCGGCAGCAGCAGCGUCGACGUCAGCGACGGGUCUGACUCCCCUAAGGUCGGGAGGGCUGCCCUGCCGAAGCUCUUGGCGGGGACCCGCAGCAGGGCGUUCGAAGCCCGACGAGCCAAUUUCGGCUAGGCUUUCUCUUUGUAUUUCUUGUACAGCAGUAGUGUGGUGGUUUUUGACACCGAACACACGAUGAGGGCACAACGCUUUGUUGUAGGACAAAAGUCGCGGACUCUUUUUGUCGGUGGAUAGAGGCGGCGUCGUUGUGUUCUACCGUGUGUAAGAAGAAAUCAAGAGUGGUGGUGUUGGCAGGGGGGGUCCUCCUUCGACGCCCGCUUGAGACAGGUGGCGCGACCACGAGCGUAGUGCGGAUCAGAUGCUCACGCCCGCCCACCAGCGGACGUGACACCAAAAGAUGUAGCAAGGGCGAGAGUGCGGAAAAUUUCCCGAGUUGAGCUUUUCUACAAGAAGGGACGUGGCGUGGGAAGACAUCCACGAGGGAGGGCAGUUGCUCACGCCGAUCGACCAGCAGAAUUACGGCUGUGUGGCAGGGUGAGAGUGGGGGAAGCCCCGGGAGUAUUUGUAGGCGUCGAGGACUUGCUUGCACGAUCCAAGCGCCCACCGAGGCAUAAUAAAGUGUAAAAUUGAUAGGACAGGUCUCCGCAGUUCCCACUAUAUACCCGAAAGUUGAACUCCGAGUACUGCUGUAGUACAAAACAAAUCUCUCCACUCAGGGCGUUACACAAGGAACAAGGUCUC